CUCAACCGUUAAGCGUAUUUCAUUCUUUUAUUUCCACUUGUAUAUCAACUGUUUUUUUGUCUUGUAAAAGUAAAACUUAACUCGCUCGUCGCUAAAGAGUAAAAAAGCACAACAGGCUCUGUUCUCAUCUGUUUCAACGCAUUUUUCAUUAGAAACAAACAUUGCAAUUCGCUUAGUUUCGUUUCAUACUUUGCUCUCUCUUUCAUCCACCCCGCUUUAAGCCUCCCCUUCAAACACAUACACAACUUGCAACAUGAAGGUCAGCGCUGUGCGCAUUAUGCUUUCAACGGUUGCUGCGCUCGCAGUUACCAGCUUCGCCUACGGGGCGGCCGAGUCGAGCGACUCUGAUGUCAAGGUUCUCAACACCGAGAACUUUAAGGAGUGGACUGAAGCCCAGGACCUCGCCCUGAUCGAGUUUUACGCGCCCUGGUGCGGCCACUGUAAGAACUUGGCGCCCGAGUACGAGAAGGCUGCCACCGCGCUCAAGGAAGAUAACAUUGCCCUGGCCAAGCUCGAUUGUACCGAGGCGCAGGCUCUGUGCGAGGAGAUGGAGAUCCCUGGCUUCCCCACGCUCAAGAUCUCUAAGAAGGGUGACUUUGCCACCUAUAACGGCACCCGCAAGGAGGCUGGCAUCAUCAGCUACAUGCGUAAGCAGCUCCUUCCCCCUCUCUCGACUCUGACCUCCGACAACUUUGCCAAAUUCACGGCUUCCGACCGCGUGGUCGUUGUUGGUUUCGUCGAGGAUACCGAGUCGGCCGAGUACGCCGAGCUCGAGUCCCUGGCCAAGGAGCUACGCGACGACUAUGUAUUUGGCGUGAUCACCGACAAGGAGCUUGCUGCCGAGCAGGGCAUCGCCGAGGCUGGUGUCGUUGUCUACAAGACCUUUGACGACGGCAAGGACGUCUAUGACGGCGCCAUUAACGCCAAGGAGCUCCGUGACUUCAUCAAGGCCAGCUCGGUGCCCCUCUUCGGCGAGAUCUCUGGCGAGAACUACGCGCAGUACGCUCAGACCGGUCUUCCCUUUGGCUUUGCCUUCUUCAACAGCGAGGAGACGCGCAAGGCCCUGGAGGAGCAGAUCUACCCUGUUGCCAAGCAGUACAAGGGUGUCAUCAGCUUUGUGCUCAUUGAUGCCACCAAGUACUCUUCCCAGGCCGACCACCUCAACCUCAAGCACGACUGGCCCGCGUUCGCCAUCCAGAACCAGACCAGCCUGGCCAAGUUCCCCUUCCCCCAGGACAAGGAAAUCACCGAGCAGGAGAUCCACGACUUUGUCAAGGACUUUGCCGAUGGCAAGAUCGAGCCCAGCUACAAGUCGGAGCCCAUCCCUGAGACUAACAACGACAAUGUAUUUGUCCUGGUUACCAAGCAGUUCAACGAGGUCGUCUUCGACAAGACGAAGGACGUUCUGCUCGAGUUCUACGCCCCCUGGUGCGGCCACUGCAAGAACCUGGUUCCCAUAUACGACAGGCUCGGCAGCGUGCUCAAGGACAACAAGAACCUGGUCAUUGCCAAGAUGGAUGCCACUGCCAACGACAUUCCUUCGGGGGACCCUGCUCUCCAGAUCCAGGGCUUCCCGACUAUUGUCCUGAUCCGUGGCGAGGACAACGCUAUUGUCGAGUACCACGGUAACCGCUCUAUCGAAUCCCUGAUUGAAUUUGUUGAGGAGAACACUGCCGAGAAGAUCACCUACAACAAGGAUGACCUCAAGGAUAAGGAUGACGAGGAUAUCGAUGAGGAGGAGGACGAUAUCGAGGAGGAGGAGGAAGUCGUUAAGAAGGCCGAUACCAAGAAGGCUGAUACUGAGGCCCACGAGGAGAUCGACAUCGAGGGCGAGGUCGAGGCCGAGGCCGGCAUUGAUGCUGAAUUUGACGUCCACGCUGAGGCCGAGGCCGAGAAGGUCGUCAGCGCACCUGUUGCCGAGAUUGAUCAUGACGAGCUCUAAGCAAACAAAAUCCAUUGGAGCUGCUCUCCCUUGCAAGUCUGUUCUUAUAAUGUUACUUGGUUUUCAAAUAUUUUUCUCUCAAUUUCUCUUGUUUCAUUAUUCUUCAAUAUCAUCAAUUCAAAGAUAUUUUUUGCCAAAGCUCAAAUUUAAAAGGUACUUGAAUCGGAUAUACAUGUUUAAUAUGUAUGUAUCACCACCACUGCUCAUUUGUAAUAUAGAAAACCAAUUGUUUAAUGUCAAU